GACUUCCGCUCUUUUGACGUUACAGAAAUGGCGCGCAGUGGUUUUUAACCUCAAAAAUUGUGAAAAAUCUGUGUAAGUGCUGUGUGUGCAAAAAUUAUUAAAAUUAUGCAAAAUUCACGAAAAUUUCUACUACUUGAAGCUGUUGAUUUGGUGAGGAAAUCAAAUGAAAUUGUAUCAUCAUUGUGCACUGGACCAAAGAAGAACUUUCCGGAUAGAACCGACCAUGAAAAGGCCAUACUCAAAGACUUACAUGAUAAAUUGAGAGAUAUCCUCUGUUCCGAACGCGUAGGCACUGAAAAUAUACGGUCCAUUGGAGAUUACAAUAAUUCCAUUGGAAAAAUUCAUUUGAGAAAAAUCUCUGGGAGUUUGCAAUCCUUUGGUCAGACAAACGAAAUGAAUGAGACAUUUUUGGAGACGUACGAAGCUCUGUACCUUCUGGAAAUGAAUCGCCUUAUUGUAUAUUACAAUUCAGUAGUUGUAUCCUUGGAACAAGCAUAUGAAAUCUUCCUAAACAACAAAGAGGGCGAUUUAUCACUUGAGGAAUAUUUUGUUUUUUCUACACUCAAUAAAGUCGGAUACAUUCUAAAGAAGUUUAAUCCGAAUACCAUUUAUAAUCAAGAAAAAGACAAUGUUGACACACCAGAAGAUUGCACCAGGAGUAAAAGAAAAAACAUGGAAAUUGAAGCUGGUUCUUCUAAGAAAUUAAAAUCCGAUCUUUCUCUUCAAAGUCACAGUGAAGAAAGUAUCAUUAAAGAUUUAAUUGAUCAGUCAAUUUAUGAAGAAUCAAUUGAAGAAAAAUGUAGGAACAUUUUUGCUUCCCUUAACGUGAUAAAAUUAUCAUCCGGAGAGGUAUUGUUAGCCAAAAAGAAGAAAAGAAACACAGCAUUGCAAUACAACUUUGACUUGUACAAUCCUCGGAAAAUUUACAAAAAAUCUCAUCCACCUUAUCCUGAUUAUCGCAUAUCGUUAUUGAGGUUUAAUCAAAAUUGUCCGGAUCGAGACGAAUUAUUGGAAUUGUACAACAGCCAUGAGAUUAAAUGCCCCAUAAUAGCUGUUUACAUUGACAACCAUCUCAAAAUGACGGGAUUUAUUUACAAAUUUUCAUGAAUCAUCACUAUC